GUGUUGACAAGUGUGAUAUGACAUGUCUAUUUUUUCCCAGCUGGCCUCCUCUUUUUCCCCGUUGGAAUCCAGAUCAUCAGAUCCUUAACGCAGGCCCUAAUCUGUAACUGCCGCAGAGCAUCUUUUCCAAUUACUCGCCGGUUACGCCUAGGAUCCUCAGCGGUUACGCAGGGAAUUAGAUCGGUGGGGAGCUGCGUCUUUGCGUUUGCCGCUGGCCUCAAUCCGAUGGGAAUUACUAUACGGGAUUUGAAAUUGAGAUUGACUCUUUGGGAUGAUUCUAUUCUGGCUUAUAUGGAGCAAAAAAAAAAACAAUCAAAGGGAACGUUAUAUCUGGUGUUUUCACUCCUAAUAUGGUCAAGCAAUUCAUGAUGCUUGGGCAGAGGAAUCAACAAUUAUACCACUGAUACCCCAGAGAGAAGUUAUCAAUAGAGAUACUAUUUUAGCUGGUUUGAAAAACAUAGAAGAGCUUCUUGGCAUUGCUACCUCCGAUUUUGAAAUUGGUGCAUCAUUUUAUUGUCAUGCUUGGAUACAUGAUAUCAACAAGAACAAUGGUUGGUAUUACAAUUCAUGCCGUAACUGCAAACGGUUGAUCAAAGCAUGUGGAGACAAGUUUUGGUGCAAUAAAUGCCAGAAAGUAGUGGUGGAUGAUGCUGUUCCGAGAUGUUGGGGUGAAGGAUGAUACCGAGUUUACGAGGUUUAUAAUCUUUGAUGAGGAAGCUGAAAAGACUAUUGGCCAUUCAGCCAUAAGCGUGUAUGAUAUAGAAGACAAAAUUGUGGAAAAUGAAACUGAGGGAGAGUUGUCAGCGUUGGUUGCAAACAUUAUUGGUUGUCGUUUUGUUUUCCUUGUCAAACUUAGCAAAUACAACAAGACUGCUUAUAAGCAGAGUUUCACUGCCACGAGGGUGUUUCCAGAAUCUUAUAUUGACAAAUGGGAUAAAUCCCAGGAAUCUGACAAUGCAUCCAGCAGCUGCUGAGGGCUGUACUCAGCGUGAGGGGAAAGCACUGGAAGAAUGAAAAGCUUAAUAUGCCACUGCUUCAACUGCUGGUUUUUGUUUUCAUCUUUAUAUUACUGCAAAUAAAGGAGUACUUUCUAAGAAAGAAGUGAAUCUCCUACAGUAUACGUUAGUGUGUUUUUUAAAUUGUUGUUCUUUACAUUUUCCUUAGACUACAUGAGAAACUUAUGUUCUCUCUUCAUCAUCUAAUAAAAGUGAGUUUACUUU